AUGCUUGUCCAGAUCCGAUCUCCUACUGGAAGCAAGGAUCUGCAGAUGGUGAACAUUGGUCUUCGAGUUCUGUCUCGACCAAACCCCGAACAGUUGGCUUUGAUUGAACGUGCUUUGGACUUCAAUAUCAUCCUUGAUGAUGUUUCACUUACUGAAUUAGCUUUCUCGCCACAGUAUUCAGCAGCUGUUGAGGCCAAGCAGGUAGCAGCGCAAGAAGCUCAACGAGCGUCCUUCCUUGUCGAAAGAGCCAAGCAGCAACGUCAAGAGAAGAUUGUACAAGCUGAAGGAGAGGCGGCAUCAGCAAAAAUGGUUUGUUUUCAUAUUUGUUUGCGAAAACCUAGUGUAUUUAUUGUCGGUAUCUUGACAAACUUUGUAAAUGUUGAAAAGUUUGUUGUAAAGGACGAC